AUGGAUGGGAGUGUUCUGGAUUUUCCCUUUGACAUGACAAUGCUGAUCCUGACUUGGCUGAAUAUUAUCUUUUCUCUGGUUGGGCUGGUAGGUAAUGCAGUUGUGCUCUGGCUCCUGGGCUUCUGCAUGCACAGGAAUGUGGUCUCCGUCUACAUCCUCAACCUGGCAGGAGCUGACUUCCUCUUCCUGGGCUGCCACAUUACAGGUUGUGUAAACGACCUUAUCUAUGCCUUCAAUUUCACCUCUCUCGCUAUUUACAAGUUCUUAUUCCCUGUGAUUAUGUGCUCCUACAUCACUGGCCUGAGCAUGCUCAGUGCAAUUAGUGCUGAGCGCUGCCUGUCUGUCCUGUGGCCCAUCUGGCAUAGACUCCACCGCCCAAGACACAUGUCAGCUGUCAUAUGUGCCCUGCUCUGGGCCUUGUCCUUGCUACUGAGCAUCCUGGCAUAUGUAUACUGUUACUUAUCACUUAGGUUUUCCUGUUAUCCAUGUCCUACAAUGUCUUUCAUCACUGCUGCCUGGCUGCUCUUUUUAUUUGUGGUUCUGUGUGGAUCCAGCCUGGCCUUGCUGGUCAGGAUGCUCUGUGGCUCCACGAGGUUGCAACUAACCAGGCUGUAUGUGACCAUCGGGCUCACAGUGCUGGUCUUCCUCCUCUGUGGCCUCCCUGCAGGCAUCCUUGUGUCUCUGUUAUCCUGGUUUACAAAUACCAGAGACUAUUUUUAUUAUGCUCUCAUCGCUGUGUUCAUGUCUGGUAUCAACAGCAGCAUUAACCCCUUCAUUUACUUCUUUGUUGGCUCCUUUAAGCAGAAUCAGCAUCAGUGGCAGCAGGGAAAGUCCCUGAAGUUGAUUCUCAAGAAAGCCUUAGAAAGCAUAACUGAGGUUGACAAAAGUAGUGUAAAAAUGUCAGGAUUCCCUCCUUUUAGUGUUUCUGUUUCUACAAAUGUUCAUUCAUAG